AAGAUCCUAGCAUGCCCAACGACGAAGGGAUUACUGCACUGCACAACGCUGUGUGUGCUGGGCACACGGAAAUUGUGAAGUUCCUGGUGCAAUUCGGUGUGAAUGUGAAUGCUGCAGACAGUGAUGGAUGGACCCCAUUACACUGUGCAGCAUCGUGCAAUAACGUGCAGGUGUGCAAGUUCCUGGUGGAGUCAGGUGCAGCUGUAUUUGCGAUGACCUACAGUGACAUGCAGACGGCUGCAGACAAGUGUGAGGAAAUGGAGGAAGGCUACACACAGUGCUCCCAGUUCUUAUACGGAGUCCAGGAGAAAAUGGGGAUAAUGAACAAAGGAGUGAUUUAUGGACUCUGGGAUUAUGAGGCUCAGAAUGAAGAUGAGCUCUCGAUGAAAGAGGGAGACUGCAUGACAAUCCUGCGCCGGGAAGAUGAAGAUGAAAUUGAGUGGUGGUGGGCACGGCUGAAUGACAAGGAAGGCUAUGUUCCCCGCAACCUGCUAGGGCUGUAUCCAAGGAUUAAACCUAGACAAAGAAGCUUGGCAUGAAAUAGUACAGAAGCCAGAUUCUUGAAGUACUAAUCAUGGAUGACUUACAAAAAAAAAAUCAUUUUGUGUUGGUUCCAGUAUCAUGAGACUUAUUUCAAUGACAAUGUAAUUUGAAAGCUAUGAAGAAUGUGCUUUGAAAACAAAUGAAGGAUUGAUGCAUUAGCAAAUGGAUGAGGGCAUUCGACAAGAUGAAAUAAUGCUUACAAGCAAAUGAAAUUCUGCUCCCUUUGGUUUAAGCAAGCCAUUAUGUUCAAGUACCCACUCUGAUUUAUUCAAACAUGGCAGAAAAGAAUUUCACAUUUUUCUGCAUUAAAUACAAGGACCUUUUCAAUUUACCAUUGAAGGAAUCAUCAUGAAACAGACAACUUGGCUUUGUCCAAAUUUAUCCCGAGGCUUUUUCCAGACGAGAGAAAUUAAAGUAUGUGCACAGCACCCUAAUGCUUACUGCUGGAAGCAGAACAUUUGUUAAAGCAGCUAAACCGAAGUGCAUCUGAACAGCAACAACCAUGUGAUGAAUUGAUUAAGCAAUAACUUUUAAAAAUGCUGUAGCAUCUUAGGAAUUCUAUGUAUUCGAAAUAUUACAUGCUGUAACAGAUAACGUAGUUUUAGAUUCCUCAUUUUACAAAGAGCCUCAUGUA